CCCACACGCCGUCCCGUUCCGACCUCGAUUAGCCGACAAAACUCACAGAGCCAAAGACAAUGAUAAAAGGAAUUCUCUUUCUUUUUAAAAUUUACAAAAAUUAAUAAAUAUAUUUCUAAAAAAAAUUACUUAUCAAAAGACGAACUCCUCACAAAGAGACACCGUACUCGCCUCACUAAUAUCACAGCAUUCUCUUUCUCCUUUCUCAAUUCUCAAAUCUCUCUCUCUAGAGUUAGGGGUAGGUUCUCAUCUGUAGAAUGUGAAAGUGAAACCCUAGUACGGUUUCUGCGAGAUCUGUGCUAAAUCACAGCAUUUUCUUACUGCAAGCUUUUUCUGAAUGGGGAAUUGCUGCAGAUCUCCGGCAGCCGUCGCCAGAGAAGAUGUGAAAUCCAACUUCUCCGGCCAUGAUCACGCCAAGAAAGAAGCCGGAGCUGCUAAGAAGGCGCCGAUAACUGUACUCACUGAUGUUGCCAAAGAGAAUAUCGAAGAGAAGUACCUUGUCGAUCGUGAAUUAGGCCGUGGCGAGUUUGGAGUUACUUAUCUUUGUAUUGACCGUGAUAGCAGAGAGUUACUUGCCUGUAAGAGUAUCUCCAAGCGGAAACUGAGGACUGCGGUGGAUAUUGAUGAUGUAAGGCGCGAAGUGGCGAUAAUGAAGCACUUGCCUAAGAAUUCUAGCAUUGUAAGCUUGAAGGAGGCCUGCGAGGAUGACAAUGCGGUGCAUUUGGUGAUGGAGUUGUGCGAGGGAGGAGAGUUGUUUGAUCGGAUUGUGGCCAGAGGGCAUUAUACGGAGAGAGCAGCUGCGGCUGUCACACGAACGAUUGUGGAGGUCGUGCAGCUGUGCCACAAGCAUGGAGUAAUCCAUAGGGACUUGAAGCCUGAGAACUUUCUGUUUGCAAAUAAGAAGGAGAACUCGCCUUUGAAGGCCAUUGAUUUUGGCUUGUCGAUAUUUUUCAAGCCAGGUGAGAGGUUCUCUGAAAUUGUUGGAAGUCCAUAUUACAUGGCUCCAGAGGUGCUCAAACGGAACUAUGGGCCGGAAAUUGACAUAUGGAGUGCAGGGGUCAUUCUUUACAUUCUGUUGUGUGGAGUUCCCCCAUUCUGGGCUGAGUCUGAGCAAGGAGUUGCACAGGCCAUUCUUCGAGGGAUUAUAGACUUCAAACGAGAUCCGUGGCCAAACAUUUCUGAGAGUGCCAAGAGUCUAGUCAAGCAGAUGUUGGAGCCAGACCCAAAGCUUCGACUGACUGCAAAGCAAGUGCUAGAGCACCCAUGGCUCCAAAAUGCUAAAAAGGCUCCAAAUGUUCCUCUUGGUGAUGUUGUCAAGUCAAGACUUAAACAAUUCUCAAUGAUGAACAGAUUCAAAAGAAAAGCUCUAAGGGUUAUUGCUGAUUUCUUGUCCAUCGAAGAAGUUGAAGACAUCAAAGAGAUGUUCAGGAAGAUGGACACUGAUAAUGAUGGUAUUGUCUCAAUUGAAGGAUUGAAAGCUGGACUCCGUAAUUUUAACUCCCAGCUCGCAGAGUCUGAAGUUCAAAUGCUUAUUGAAGCAGUAGAUACUAAUGGGAAAGGUACGCUAGAUUAUGGGGAAUUUGUUGCUGUUUCCCUUCAUCUGCAAAGGAUGGCCAAUGAUGAGCAUCUUCGCAAGGCAUUUUCCUACUUUGACAAGGAUGGCAAUGGUUAUAUCGAACCAGAUGAACUCCGGGAUGCCUUGAUGGAAGACGGUGCAGAUGAUUGUUCAAAUGUAGCAAAUGACAUCUUCCAAGAAGUGGACACAGACAAGGAUGGGAAAAUCAGCUACGAUGAAUUUGUUGCUAUGAUGAAAACUGGAACAGAUUGGAGGAAGGCUUCCCGUCAUUAUUCCAGAGGAAGAUUUAACAGUCUAAGUAUGAAAUUGAUGAAGGAUGGUUCACUAAACUUGGGGAAUGAGUGACAUAUAUACACACAAGGUAUCAGUUUAAUUAAAUCCAUGAAAAGGAAGUAUUUCAUCAUUGUUCAUCUUAGAUUCGCUUUCUUCUGUGAUUAUUUGGUGGGGCUAUCUUGAUUAAGCGGGGCCCUUUUCUUGGGAGCUUAGGAAUAUUAUGGAGGCUGAUUACAUCUCUCUCUCCCUCUCUCUCUCUCUCUCUCUCUCUCUCUCUCUCCCACUGGAAAUGUUGACGUGUAAAAAUAGUGCCUUUGUAGCCUUGGUUCAAGAUGUAUGAUUCUGCCCUUUUUUUCCUUCUUUUGAUAAUUUUCCUGUUGACGCGAGACAUGGGAAUGUGAGUUUUGAACUCCAUAGGGCUGUAGUAUAUUCUCGUCAAAGAAAGAGUUAAUGCGAUGAUAUAAUCUGCUGUUUGUGUUUGGGAAUUU